UAUGAUGAAUUCUUGAGAUGGGGGUUUACUGCCCAAGAAGAGUUGCUUGUGGAAUGUGGAUUGUGAGGCCUGAAUUUGGUAGAGCCGAAGCAUCAGCUUUUGUCAUGGGAGUCUCGGGGAAAUGGAUUAGGUCACUGAUUGGUUUAAAAAGGCCUGAAAAGUCAAAUUCUUCUGAAAAUGAUGAAAAUAGAACAGGGGGCACUAGAAAGUCUAGGCAUAGGAGAAGGCAUUCUGUUCAGAUAGAUAGUGAAUUACUUUGCAGCGAGUUGAGUCAUAAUGAUAAUGCUUCUACAUCACUUGAAGAUGCCACCACCGCUUCAGUUCCAAUUGCUGCGUCCUCGCCUUCAAGCUCACAUCAAAACCACGAUGCACCUCAAAUUCAUCGCAAUAUUGGAGAAGAAUGGGCAGCCAUUCGCAUCCAAACAGCUUUUAGAGGAUUCCUGGCGAGGCGAGCUUUACGGGCUUUAAAGGGGUUGGUGAGACUGCAAGCACUUGUUAGGGGCCAUGCCGUAAGAAAACAAGCUGCUAUCACCCUUCAAUGUAUGCAAGCUCUAGUUAGAGUUCAGGCUCGUGUCCGAGCACGGCGUGUUCGUAUGGCAUUAGAAAGUCAAGCUGCACCACAGAAGCUUCAGCAACAGCCAGAACAAGCGGCCCAUGUUCGGGAAAUAGAAGAAGGUUGGUGUGACACUAUUGGGUCUGUGGAAGAAAUCCAAGCCAAGUUGUUGAAGAGACAAGAGGCAGCAGCUAAGCGAGAGAGGGCUAUGGCAUAUGCUUUGGCUAAUCAGUGGCAGGCAGGAUCUAGGCAGCAAGCCACUUCAGCUGACUUUGAACCAGAUACAAGUAACUGGGGGUGGAAUUGGUUGGAAAGAUGGAUGGCUGUGCGUCCCUGGGAAAAUCGCAUUUUAGACAUUAAUCAUAGAGAUGGAGCAAUGACAUGUGAUAAUGGAUCUGCAGAUCCAAAGAAUGGAACCAAGAACCAAUUAAAAUCUGUUGGGAUGAAACCAAUUUCUUCAAACAUUUCAAAUGAAAAAAUGGGUCCGUCCCAUUCAAGUACUAACAAAUUGAGUGAAAAAGUAAUUGCAAAUAAGUCUGAAGGCCGCAAAACUUCCUCAAUUAAGUCAGCAAGCACUCCUGAAGCGCUUACCAUGUUUAACAAGCCAAAGUCUAAACAGAAUGUGGAACAUUUGGUUGAAGAAGCUGGCUCAAGACCAACCCUUGGUUCAAGAUCGAAGAGCAAUCCUAAAGAGAGAUCUAUCCCUUCAGAUAUACAAGGAAAUAAGCGAUUGUCUCUGCCAAAUAGCCGAAAAAGUUCUGGAGCUCAAAUAACAAGGCAAUCCAGUCGAACUGCGCAGAAGCCCAUGGAGGACAAAUCCAAAUUGAAUGGAAAUGAUCCAAUGGCUACAAAAUUGGUUUCCCAAGAUUAGUAUUACGAUCAUUUUUAAUGACUGGGUGGUCUUUAGUUUGUAAAUACGGGAACCUAAUUGUUGGGAUAUUCUGUGGCUACGCCUUAGUUCUAUUUGUGUUGGAGUCUCACCAUGGCAGGAUUAAAACGAGGCAUGCAAACUUCUGGAAUAAAAGAAGGUGUUUGUUGUGAUUCCCUAGUUCAAUUUUGUUGAAGACUGAAGAGUUUGAUCAGUGUGUAAGUAUACAGUCUGGUGUUUGUUGUGAAUCUUUGUAUCAAUCAUUUGUUGAUUAGAUAUAUUACAUUAUUAGAUGUGCUCAGUGUGUUGUGUUGUAUCCUGUAUUUCCUCAUUGUAAAAAAGCUUAAGCUUCAUCCUGUACAACUUCUUGAAGCCCACAGUUGAGAGUAUUCAUUCAUUUAUUUAAGCUGUGAGAUA